CCUGGUCCACGUCUUCAAGAAAAUAUUACGUUAAUCGUAAUGGAGGCGGGUAGAAUAAUGUCUGGCCACUGCAAAUCCUGAAACUUACUGCUAAUUAAUUCGGACUCUGGAUGCUGUUUGUUUUCACCACUUGAAGGACAAAGAUUCCGAUAGUUUUUCUACUUUAUACGACCAUUGUCGCAAGAAUGUCCUGGCUGGCUGAUCUGGCAGGGAAAGCAGAAGACUUCUUGAACAAAGUGGAUCAGGGGGCAGCCAGUGCUCUGACUAAGCACCAGAGUCGAGAUGCCACCUUUUAUGACACCCCAGAUUCGGCCCAUUACGGUACUGCAUAUAAACCGGCCGUCCCAGAGCAGCAGCAAAGUUACCACACCUCCCAUGACACGCCCGCCUUUAUUACUGCAGCUGCCAGCAACAUCAAAAAAUCCAGUGCUACUCUGCUGGCAGGCACCGCAAAUUCAGCUUCUGCCUCCUUUGACUCUGCUGGUAGCAGUGGUCCCGGCUUCACUAAGGCCUCCUCCAACUUCGUCCGACCGAAAAAAGCAGAAAUGAACGAUGAUGUCCUGUUCGACUUCCUGAACAGCUCUGACCCCACAUCCAACAGGAAGAGGAAUGUCAAGAAGGAGCAACACGAAGCAGCAGGAAUAGCAGAAGGGUCACCCACUACUUCAAGUGCUGACACUGCACCUCCAUCUGAACCAUCCUUACCUUACUCCAAAACUGGCUUGUUUCGAAGCUCCAGCUUUGGUUCCCUGUCUACCAGCACAGACGGUGUCAAAAUCUCUGAAGAGGGGUCAACCGAGACCCCCAGCCAAGAAACACCAGAGAGCUCAGACUCAGGGCUAGCAGGACGCCAGGGAUCCACUGUAGAAGAUCCAGUGUCUGUUGAGGAGCAGCAAGGACAGGUGAUGUCUAGUCUCCGUUUGGAGAAUCAGCUGCUGCGGAAUGAAGUGGCGUCACUUAAUCAGGAGAUGGCUACGCUCCUACAGCGAGCCAAAGAUUCACAGGAAGAGCUGGCCGUAGCCCGUGCCCAUGCAGAUAAGCGGAACUCUGACCAGUCACGCACAGACCGCACUAUCAGAGAAUUAAUGUCACAGGUGGAUGACCUUAAGGAAGCCCUAUCUGCAAAGGAUGGACAGCUGGCGGUGCUGAAAGUCCGACUUGAAGAAGCGGACCAGCUGGUGUUGUCCCACAACAAGGCACUUGAGGCAGCGCAGUGUGAGAGGUCCAGAAUCUUACAGGACCACACAGAGGGCAGUAAAAUGCACUCACAGGCCCUUGAGACGUUACAAGAAAGGCUAAGGGAUUCAGAAUCUGCACUAAAGAGAGAGCAGGAGUGCUGUCGGCAGUUGCAGAGCGAAUUUGCAGAUCGAUUAACAAAAGUGGAGGCGGAGAAGCAGACUCUGGCGGAGACGGUGACGGCGUCCGAGCGACGUGUGGGGGACGAUAGGCGCAGGGUAGAGGAGGUCCAACAGCAGCUACGCAGUGCACGCUCAGCCGCUGAAUCGGCCAAGCAGGAGCUGCAGGAUUACAAACAUAAGGCCUCGCGCAUCCUCCAGUCCAAAGAAAAACUGAUAAGCAGUUUGAAGGAAGGUGCUGGACUGGAGGUCUUGGAGGGUGGUGGGACAGGAGCCCUGGAGCUGGAGGAGUUGCGGCAUGAGAAAGAGCUGCAACGGGAUGAAAUCCAGAGAUUGCAGGGUCAGAUCCAAGCCCUGCGCACAGAGAUGCAGGAUGUAGAAAUGCAGGCCCUGGCGGAGGCUGAGUCCUGGAGGGAGCAGCAGAGGGAGUUGCAGGAGCAGCAUGCCCUCCAAACUCAGGCCAAGCAGGAGGUGGAAGCUGAACUGGAGCGCUACAAACAGGAGCUGCAGUAUGCGGAAGAGGAGAACCGCCACAUGAAGAGCACUCUCCAGAGCCGGAUUAAGGACCGUGAAGAGGAGAUCCAGAAACUCAGGAACCAGCUUACCAAUAAGACGCUGAGCACAAGCAGCCAAGCAGAGUUGGAGAGUCGUCUCCAUCAGUUGACAGAAACACUGAUUCAGAAGCAGACUAUGCUGGAGGCCCUGGGCACAGAAAAGAGCUCUCUGGUGUUUCAGUUAGAACGUUUGGAGGAGCAGAUGAAGAGCAUCCAGGGAAGUCAAGCCAAUGGGCCGUGCAUCAACAUGGACAAGCCUGGCACAGGUGCACGGGCGAGGAAUGUGCCCGUCCUCUUUAGUGAUCCUGAAGGUCCGAGUGCUGGGAUGUAUAGCAAAGUGCGCAGGGCAGCCAGCACGAUAGACAAAUUCAGCAUUCGAUUGGGUAUAUUUUUGCGUCGGUACCCAAUGGCAAGAGUCUUCGUAAUUCUCUAUAUGGCACUACUGCACCUAUGGGUGAUGAUUGUUCUACUGACAUACACACCGGAAAUGCACCAUAGCCAUCCUGGCAGAAGAUAGGUCCCGGAUAUCGAAAUGGAUACAUGAUUCCUUUAGGACCAGUAAAUUAAAUCCAUUUAAGAGUUGAUCAAGCUUCUGAUCCUUGGUUUAUACCUUCCUUUAAGGAAGCAAUUGCUUGUACUUUGCAGUUUGCACAUUCUGUAAGACAGUGAGGUAUUUUUCUUCUUCUCACCCAUUUGCUUUGCCCUUCUGAAUGAUUAAAUAUCCACACUUAAAGGGAGUAUUAACCCCACGUAUCCCCUGGAGUUGCAAAGAGUCUAAAUUGCAAAUGCAAGUGUCUAAAUUAUGGUUUAAGGUUACGGUUUAUUCAGUUUGUCUUUUCUGUGUCGUUUCUUAAUUGAAUUUUUGUUUCUUCCUGUAGAGAUUAUAUUAACUGUAAGAAAUGUAACUUUUAAUAAACAUGACAACAGGU